CUCACCUCUGCUCAGUGUCUGGAGUUCGGCGAGGGCUCGGUGACGGGGGACAUGUGCGAGGACCUGUGCGUGACGGGCCUGGUCGAGUACAAGCGCUGCCUCUACUACGAGAACGGGAAGAAGGUGAUCGAGGCGCGCUGGAGAGGAAACCCCAUCAUCCUCAAGUCCAAACUGGAGAACUUCUCCUCCUACGAGCCGCUGGGAAUACUGGACUACCAGGACACAGCAGAGGAGCUCUCUCCUGUCGAUGUGGUUUUCUACGCCACUCUGGAAGUACGAAACUCUCUGGGGCUGGCUGAGGAGAACGAGGACGAGGAAGGAGGAGGAGGAGGAGGAGGAGGAAGUAACAGCUCUCUGGCCAAACUUUGGGGAAAGAAACUGAAAAACAGAGACAAAGGUUACUCCAGAGCAGAGCUGGCCUCCCUCUGGUCCCUGCUGCAGCAGGAGGAGUACACCUUCCUCAGAGUCCUGCAGGAUCUCAGUACCCACGUGGCCAAGGUGUUGGGCUCCUGCGGUCAUUUCUACGCCGUGGAGUACCUGUCUGCGGGACACGCCUGGGACCAGAACAUCUUCUCCCUGGAGGAGGUGGCUGUCUCGGGGUUGCAGGGUCAGGACCGAGACGGAGCCCGCGGGAGGUGGACCACCAGGGAGAUGGUGCACCGCAUCGCGCUGAGCUUCCUGGACAUGGUGUGGCACUUUGACAACGACUUCACCCACAAGCUGCACCUGUGCGACAUCAAACCGGAGAACUUCGCCAUCAGAAAGGACCUGACGGUUGUAGCCAUCGAUGUGGACAUGGCGUUCUUCGAGCCGAAGAUGAGGGACAUCCUGGACCAGAACUGCAGCAGUGAUGACGACUGUAACUUCUUCGACUGUUCGUCCAGGUGUAACCUCAACAAACGCAGGUGCAGCCCCCGACGCAGGAACAGCAACCUGCAGGUGAUUUGUGAGAAGAUUUUCAGGCCGUGGUUUUCUCCAACUCUGCUCGGGGCCAAAGCAGGACUCCCUCUGCAGGUGGAGCUGCAGCGAGUGGUGCAGGAGUGUUCAGAAGCAGAUGGAGGUGUGGAGGAAACAGAGGAGGACGGAGGAGGAGGAGGCAGAAGAGACAUCCAUCAGCGUCUCCUCAAGAUCCUGACCCGCCUCCUCCACGAGGGAGGGGCUUCAGGUGAAGGAGGAGGGGCGUGGGAGGAGAAAGACCACGUCCACACUGCACUGAACUUCUGAGGAGCUGAAAGGAAAGCUAAAGGACCUGCAGAGGGAGAAACAUACCAGUGCACUCUCUACUCUUAAUACAGGAAUAAAGACACUGACACUCUAUUUCUCCUGAUUUGGGACAUUUGGUUCCAAUGAAAGGAAGAACUGAAGUGGUCCUGACCUCUGACCUCACCUUUGGGGUGAACUGUGAGCCAGACCUUCUCACCCAGCAGGUGAUCUGAGGUCUGGACCUCACUAAUACUCUUAGGUCUGAGUGGGAAUAAACCCCCCCCCCCCCCCCCCAGGAAAAGUCAACAGACUGUUGGACAUACACCAGGGAACAAUUUACUAAAUGUUGUGUCCCAGUGUCGACUAUCUGUGGAGAGACCUGCACAUCAGGACUGGAAACUGAGACAAACUCAGCAAUGCCUUAAGUGUCUUCUCAUCAGAGGGAUAUAUUAUGGAUCCUGUGUACAUGGAUCCUCUCUGAUUUUUUCUUCCUUUACUAAACCAGUUAGUCUCAGUGAGAUUUAAAAACUCUCUCUCGUUUGAAGAGAGACUGUAGUAAGAAAACGUCUGUGUACAUAAAGUAUAAACGCUGUAAAAGGCUCUAUGUAGGAAGUGAAAAUGUAUUAAUGAUGUAAAACUUUGGUUUCAUAGCUACAGUAAGGACUAAUGGAGUCCAUGGUCAUGUGUCAGGCUUUUAAGUUUGACAGUAAACUGGUGAGUUUAGUGGUUUUCACCCAUUAUUUAGUCAUUUUAGACCGAUCUGAUAACUGAUGUUGUCGGACUGAAGCUGCUAAAUUUAACUGUUUUCAUUCCCAUGCUUUCAGUGGCUUUAAAGGUCUAGUUCAACAUUUAGAUUUAGAUGACAACUGGAUAUAAAGCACGCUCUUAUAGCUCAGAGACUGCGUCUAUAACAAGCAAACCAAGCAAAAUUUUAAUUUGGCUGCCGUCGCCUUCAAAGUCAACAAUACAUCACUCCCUUAAUCCCUGAUUGCACCUCAUAUGAAGACUGGAAACAGUUAGCCUGGCUCUGUCAACACGUAACAUACCAAACACAUUAUAUCUUAUCGUUCAUUUCCCCAACUGCCGUUCUUAAUUUAUUAGUUUUUGUGUUUACGUCUGCAGUUGGACUGGAUCUCACGGGUUCUGUGACAUCGCUGAGUCAUCUUGAUUUUAACGUGCUGUAGCUGCGACUAAAUGGCCUCAGCAGGGCCAGGCUUCUGUAAACUGACAAACCAAAUGUAGUAAGGUUUGUUUUCAUACGUACGGUUCAGCUGAAUAAUAAAAUCUAUCAUGUUUAGA